AUGGCCAACAGGACCUCUUUAGCCAGGUUCCAGAGCCCCAGAAUCUCCUCCUGCAUCUCUGAAUCCACGAAGAACCAGUCUUACAUAAAUGUGCCUCAGGAUUCUGCCCCCAGGGACAGAUGGAUGCAGCCCACCACCAUCCUGCUCUGCAAGUCACAGAGCAGCCAGGCCGCCCUGGUGCCCAAGGAACACAAGACAUUCAUGGAGGAAGCCUACAGCGCAGCCGUCUGCUUCAAGACGCCCCGGGACCCGAACAGUUCAAACCCCCUCCACCUGGAGCACGCCAUCGAAAAGUCGAGGACGUGGCUCACGGGGGCCCCGCUAUGCAUGACGGCCUUCCUCGGUCUCAGUCUUCUAUCGAAAAACCGGGUGGAUGGUAGCCGUCCUGCCCACCAAACCAGACCACUCUUCCUUUCUGCCCGCACCCGGGAGCUGGAGGAGGGCUACAGGGACGCGGCCAGCAACGUGCUGGUGGCCACCUGCAGGCACUGCUGGUGGCUGGUGGCCCAGCACCUGGAGACCGAGGACCUGUCGGGCGUCCUCCCGCACCGCAGCCUCCUCUAUGUGAUGGGCGUCCUGACCUCUAACGAGGAGAUCUUCAAGGAGAGAGAGAAGGCUUGCUGGGAAGAGCAGCUGGCCCAAAACUCGGAGGACAUGCGGUGGAGGUGGGCGAGCAUCAUCCUGGCCUGUGGCCAGAGGGUGGACAAGGCCAAGACCCGCAUCCUCCCGUGGGUGGACAACGUCUUGUCACGGAUGGUUUUCUUCUUCCACUACAACUCCUGAGACGAAACCCUGAAGCAGAGCUUCCUCAUGGCCAUCCUCAUGCUGGUGGGGGCUGUCAGCCACAACGAGGGCGCCCAAAGCUACGCGCUCUCCCAGGUCUCUGAGCUCUUCGAGUGUCUGAUGCUUCUGAUGGAGAAGGAGCCCCAGGACACGCUGUGCGCGUCGACUCGCCAGCAGGCCAUCCACAUCAUCUCCAGCCUCUGCACGUCGCUGGAGGCGCUGAAGAGCCUGCUGCCCGCCACCGGGCACUGGCAGGACUUCGCCCACCUGGAGCUGCAGGGAGCCUGACUCUUCGCCACCACCCACACCGACCCGCAGGGCAUGGGCCUCCUCGCCAGGGCCAUGGUGCAGAGCCGCUGCAAGCAAGUCGCGGCGCUGAUCACCCAGCUGCUACCCAGCCUGCAGAGCCAGGAGCAGCGGGGGAGGAAGGCAGCCAUCGUCCUCCUCACGGGGACCUGCUUCCUCUACAGCCCUGCCCUGCUGGAGGUGCUCCCCAAACAGGCCGCCCUGACCAUGCUGGCCCAAAGCCUCAGGGACCCCAGCCCUGAGGUCUGCGUGCGGAGCCUGUAGGUCCUGGGAAACAUCCUCUUCCACCCAGAGAAGGGACGCCUGCUCCGUGGACUGCUGCCGCCCUUCCUCGACGGCUUCUUCCACAGCAGCGAGCCGGUGGUGGUGCGCGUCAUGGGCACCGUGACGGACGUGCUGCACCGCCUGGGCGCACACAGCACAAAGGCCCAGAGCCUUGGCAUCGCCAUCAACGCCCACUCCUUCUCCAACGACGAGCGGGAUGGAGUCCAGGCAGCGGCCAUGGCACUGUUCAGGGAGCUGGUGGCGUCAAUGACAGGCAGAAAGCUAAGUGGCCUGAGAACCCAGGUGCACCAGAGCAUGGUGGCCCUGCUCCUGCACCUGAAGGACAGCUGCCGGGCCGUCGUCACACAGGCCAAGCUCGCCUUCCACCGGGUGCGGCUGCGGCACGCCCUCUCCUGCAUGCUGGCCUGGGGGGCGAGCCUCGGCGCCAGCCACUUCCUCUGGAGCUGCCUGAUGAGCCGCAGCCAGGAGGGGCUCAGCACCCCCUUGGCACAGGCCCUCGGCUGCCUGCACAGCCGCCGUCGGCACAUCGAGACCUGGGCAGCGCUCUUCGUGGGGGAGCGGGGUUAUACCAUCUGCCACCACCCCCAGGCCGUGUCCCAGAUGGUCACGCGGGGCUGAGAGGGGGUGGGGAAGGGGACUUUUGAGGAUCUUAAGAAUGACCCAGAGCCCAGCAUCCAAGAACCUGCCACCAGGCAGUCCUCCUUCCUUCAGCAGGUGGCAGCCGGAGCGCGCUGACGUCCAGCCGUCCUCCCUCACCUUCCUGCUCACCCACCCCCAGCCCCGGGCCCACCGUGUCAGGCAGCCCUGCUCUGUCCACACAGCGCUUGGCUGCAUAACAUUCUUCCAUUUGAAAGAAAGAUCUAGAUUCAACAAAGAUGUGUCACACCUGUACGCUGCCUGCCCACCAUUCCGUGGGUCCCCAGGGGAACCAGGCAAGCCCCAGGGGACACUGGCAGGCCUGGGUGAGGCCGGGGAGACCGUGUCCCCCAGAGACAAACUGGGAAGUCUGUGCAGCGCCCUGCAAAUGACAACCCCUCCCCUCAUGGAGAUCAGGUGGGCUCCCCUUGGCCAGAGCCCAAGCCAUGGCCUGCCAGUGUCCUGGGCGCUGGGAGGGCACUCCCAGGGCGGCCUUGGCCCUCGGGGCUCACUGCUGAGUGCAGCCAUUCACCGAGGCACUCCAA